AUGACACGGGCAAGUGGAACACCUGUCAGCAAGGGGCUCCCGGUGACCAUGUGGGCCACCCUGUUCCUGGAGGGCUGGAAGCUGAAGAGGGCCCGAAUGAUUCUGAACUGGGGCCUUUACGACUGGGAGGAGGUCCAGGUGAGGAAGAGAUUCCCAGCUGUCCACUGCCCUGACUACAAGUCGAGGAAACAUGGACACUCAUUCCUGUACAACUCCAUCAUCCUGCUGGUGGUUCUGUUCAUGAUCUGCAUCUUGAUUGGCAUGGCCUACGUCAUGGUGGUCUACCGCAUCAUUGCUGCCGCCGCCUUUGGCUACUUGGCUUUGCCUUUCCUGGAGGACCAGGUGAUCACAGCUGUGGUGGUGACCGGGGCCGUGGUGCACUACCUGAUGAUCAUCAUCAUGACCAAGGUGUGUGGGGUCAAUCAGUAUGUAGCCCUGAAACUCUGUGAGUUAGUGAGUGGCAUGGAGGUCCCAAGGACCUACUCAGAGAAGGAGAGGAAGUUCACCAUCGAGUUCUUCACGCUGCAGUUCUGCGUCCAUUUUUCCUCCCUCAUCUAUGUCGCCUUCAUUCUGGGCAGGAUCAACGGUCCCCCUGGGGAUUCCGUAUGCUUCAAGGGAAUGUGGAAGCCAGAAGAGUGGCACCUCAGUGGCUGCAUGGUGGACCUUUUCACGCAGACGUUCAUCAUCAUGGGCCUGAAGCAGACAUUCAGCAACUUACUGUGCCUCAAGUGGCGUAAGUGUUGGCGUUCACACCCUGUGCUGCAGGACUGGUGGCGGAACUUGCACCUGAACCCCGUCAACACCUUCAGAUUGUUUGACGAGUUCAUGAAGAUGAUGAUCCAGUAUGGCUUUACCACCAUCUUCGUGGCUGCCUUCCCUCUGGCCCCGCUCUUGGCCUUCCUCAGCAACAUAGUGGAGAUCCGCCUGGACGCCAUCAAGAUGGUCCGGCUGCACUGGCGCCUGGUGCCACGCAAGACCAAGGACAUAGGGCCGUGGCUGCAGGUGCGGGAGAUCAUCGGGGUGCUGGCCAUCAUUGUCAAUGGCAGGAUCAUCGCCUUCACGUCCGAGUUCAUUCCCCGCAUGAUGUACAUGUACCACUACGGCCCGUGUGGGCAGAGGGCGGUGACUGGAGUCGACUGUUUCAAAGGUUACACCAACUACAGCCUGUCUGUAUUCUAUACCAAGGACUUCCCUAAUGCCAGCAGCAUCCGGGGACCCCAGAACGUGACUGAGUGCAGGUACCGGGACUAGUGCAGUCCCAAGGACUACAGCCUCUCGCAGCAGUUUUGGGUGCUGCUGACCAGCAGGCGCUUCCUCAUCCUCUUUGAGCAUGUGGCUCUGUGCAUCAAGCUCGUGGCAGCCUGGUUUGUUGUCCCUGACGUGUUGGUGAAGAACAUGGUUUUGGAUCGCAAGUACAAGAAGCUGCUGAAGCAGAUUUCUGGGUGGCGGCCAGGACCCCCUCAUCCCCUGCGCCCAGCCAGGCCCUCAAGAGCACCUCUGUGUAGGGCGACCCUCGCUGCUGGAGGAGCAGACUUGACCUUCCCACCCCAGACUGUGGAGAGGUUUCUGGGGGCUGGCAGAGAAAUUGGGGGUCAGUAUGUGGGUUCCAGGGCACCCUGUCUGUAA